CUGGAGUCUGCAGCAGCCGGAGACAUCUGCAGUCAAAACACGGCGCAGCCCGCCAUUGUUUCACCUUCACAGCGGAUCCGGCCGGCAUUACUCUGCUACUCAUGGUUUCCGUCCUCAGCUUGGCUCCCAAACAGGAAACUGGAGCUCCAGAGUCUCAGCAGAAUCACAGCCGUUCUGCUUUGGCCACGAAUGGCCGGCACCACACCGCUCUCUAUUCGCCUGAAACUCUGGACAGCACCUGAUUUGUUGCUCGUUAUGGGAGCUACGGAGCUGAUGGUUCUUCUGGCGCUCCUCGGCGGCUUACAGGAGUCAUCAGGAGCCCAGCAGGAGAUGCUUUGCACCCCCAACGCCUGCUUCGUGCUGCACAUGGAGCCGGUCAGGUUCCACAAGGCCCAGAACCGCUGUGAGGAUGACGGAGGCUACCUGCUGACUGUCAGGGCCAGCGAUGAGCAGGAAGACCUGCUCUCACUUCUCUCUCUGAUUGAAGAGCAGCAGGGGGAGCCAGCGCUGAGGUUCUGGAUCGGGUUAAAGCUGAGCAGGGGGGAGUGUGUGCGGCCCGACAGAACGCUCAGAGGGUUCAGGUGGAUCUCUGGGGGGGAAGAUUCCCAGUUCUCCAACUGGAAACGAGAGCCGGUCAGCACAUGCACCGAGGAGAGAUGUGUGACGGUGGACUACAGCUUUUCAGGCCAGGAGCAGCUCAGAUGGACACCAGCAGGUUGCAGGAUGAAGGCUUCUUAUGUGUGUAAGUUUUAUUUUCAGGGCAUGUGUGAAGCUUUGACUCUGCUGGGGUCUGGAAAAAUUAUCUAUGAAGCAGUUUUCUCUAAACACCCCCUGAAAAGUGAGCUGGAGCUGCUUCCAUUCGGGACGAGAGCACGAAUAUUCUGUGGCGCCCAGGAGCUGGCGACCUCUCUGUGCCGCUCAGAGGACGGCGCCUACAGCUGGACCGACCCGGGACCGUUCUGCAAGCCAGGGAGCCGAAGCUGCGCCAGAAGCAACGGUGGCUGUGAGCACGAGUGCCGACAGGAAGGAGAGGCCGUCCUGUGCUCCUGCAGAGAAGGCUAUGAGCUGGACGGGGACGGCUUCUCCUGCAGGAGGGAGGAUCUGUGCCGGGCCGCCGCCUGCCAGCACCGCUGCGUCACGGAGGAGACGGGCUUCUCCUGCAAAUGUCCCAGCGGCUUCCAACUGAAGGAAAACCGGCGCGACUGCUCCGACGUGGACGAGUGCCGUGAGCAGGCCUGCGGGGAUCACGGCUGCAUCAACACGGACGGCGGGUACAGGUGUGAGUGCCGGCCGGGUUACCUGCUGAGCCACGGGGAGUGCAGAGACGUGGACGAGUGUGAAACGUCGCCCUGUGAGCAGCGCUGCACCAACAACAUGGGCUCCUUCUCCUGUUCCUGCAGCGAGGGCUUCCGCUUGUCUGAGGACGGCCGCUCCUGCUUCAGCACGCAGCCGCUGGACACUCAGGGGACCGCCACCGCCGCCACCCCCACCGCCGCCACCGCCGCCACCGCCACCGCCGCCACCGCCGCCACCCCCACCGCCGCCACCGCCACCGCCGCCCCAGCCCAGGACCGCUUCCCUUCGCCCGACGACUCAGAAGCAUGGGGCCUCCUGGAGGGUCUGGGCAGAACCACGGCGGGGCUGCAGGACCUGCCCCCCCACACCGCCGCCCCCCCGCCCGCACUGCUCAACGCCACAGACGGGGAGCAGCACGCCAACGGGUCGUCGGUGCUGGCGGCGGCCGCCAGGAGCCGGGUGCUGAUCUGCGUGCUGGGCUCGCUCGUCCCUCUGCUCGCCUUGGUCGCCCUGACUCUCUGCAUCGCAAUCUUCCGCUGCAGCCGCGGCAAAAAACAGGAGAAGAAGAAGAGCACGGCAGACGGCUACUGCUGGGUGUCCUCGGGUUUGGACCCGCGUCUGGAGAAGCUCUAUGAGUCCAUCCUGACUGAUGACCUUUGACCUGACGGGGCCUGCUGUUCCUCAGGAACGUCUCAGGAAGACAAACUGUUUUCUCACCAGUUCAUUCUUCACAGCAACUUAAAUCCACGAGUCACUGCAGGCUAAGAAGUUGCUGAGGAGGAUUUAAAGAGCUGCAAACGUUCUGCUUCAUGUUAGAUUGAUUGAACUUGACUUUGUAAAGUGCCUUGAGAUGACAUGUUUCAUGAUUUGGCGCUAUAUAAAUAAGAUUGAAUUGAAUUGAAUAGAUAAUUAAACGUCACGAUGAAGAAAGCAGCUCUCCACAUGAUGCUUUAGCGCCACUAAGCCAUCAGCACAGCUUAUGAUGAGGGCCAGUAGCAGGUAAUCAGGUGAUCAGGUGAUCAGGUAAUCAGGUAAUCAGGUGAUCAGGUAAUCAGCUCCUGUGGACUAAACUAGCUGUGAGCAGUUCAUCAGAUAAUUACGGCGCUGCCUCAACACCACAGCCGUCUCACAGUGACGCGUUCAGACCACCACCAGCCAUCCUAGGGUCCUGACAUCAUGUCAUCAUCCUGC